GCAGAGCUCUACUCAAAAUGGGAAGUUCCGCUUUAAGCCUUUGUCCCCCGCUCCCCAUUAAGGAUUGGCACCUUUGGGAGUGGGGGGGGAGCGGGUACUCGAAUUUGACAGGUACCCGCUCCCACUUCCGCUGCGAUCGCCUAGGCGAUUGGAAGCGGAAGUUGUCCUCCCCCCUCCCUCCCCGUAGUCUUCUGGGACACGUGACAGGUCCCAAAAGAUUACGGGCCAUUCACAAAGCACAGCUUCGCGCAUGCGCAGUAGAAGCCGCGGCCGCCCGCUGGGCACCAAUGGCAGCG